UGUAAUAUCAAUUUCAUAGGAGUUGACUUAAGUCGGUAUUUGUUUUAUCUUACGUAUUUGCCGAUUCGUCAAUCUUAUGUCUCCCUCAGACCUGCUCAAAAUGGCAGCCCCCGUUUGGGCAAGGGCAAAUUCUGAAUGUUUACGGAAAAUAAAAAGGACGUUGAGCAGCCACUUUAGAUUAUUUUCUGCUCCCGCCAGUGAGAAGUAUGACCUUGUUGUGGUUGGAGGCGGCAGUGGAGGGCUCGCUUGUUCCAAAGAAGCCGCUGGUUUGGGGAAGAAGGUUGCAGUCCUGGACUAUGUCAUUCCAUCUCCGAGAGGCACCAAGUGGGGUCUUGGAGGAACAUGUGUUAAUGUCGGCUGUAUCCCGAAGAAGCUGAUGCACCAGGCCGCCUUGUUGGGACAUGCCAUCAGUGACGCUCGGGCAUACGGCUGGGAGGUGCCGCUGGACAUUCAGCACUCAUGGCAAGGCAUGUGUGAUGCUGUGCAGAGCUACGUCAAGUCUCUCAACUGGGGCCAUCGGGUACAGCUUCAAGACAAGAAUGUAACAUAUCUCAAUGCAUACGGAACCUUACUGGAUAAACACACCAUCGAGGCCGUGGACACCAAAGGGAAAGAGAAAGUGGUGGAAGCAGACAACAUUGUGAUAGCAGUGGGAGGCCGACCUUUUCUCCCAGCUGAGAUACCCGGGGCUGCUGAGUACACUAUAUCUAGUGAUGACAUUUUCUGGAUGAAGAAACCCCCUGGAAAAACGUUAGUUGUUGGAGGUAGUUACAUCGGCAUGGAGUGUGGGGGCUUCCUCACCGGCCUGGGUUUCGACACCACCAUCAUGAUCAGGUCCAUUCCACUGCGGGGCUUCGACCAGCAACUGGCCAACCUGGUAGUUGAUUACAUGGAGAACAAUGGCACCAACUUCUUGAGACAGUGCGUCCCAGAACAGAUCCAGAAGAGAGACGAUGGCCGACUGUUGGUGACCUACACUGAUGGCAAGGGUGUCACGCACAAGGACGUGUUCGACACCAUACUCAUGGCUGUUGGCAGGCGACCGGAGACACAUUCCCUGGGGCUGAAUCAGGUGGGCGUGGCACUGGAUGAGACCACCAACAAGAUCAUCGGAGGUCAUGGCGGGGACCACGAGAGGACGUCGGUCGACAACAUCUAUGGCAUUGGGGAUGUCCUACAUGAACGCCCUGAACUAACCCCAGUAGCUAUUAAGGCAGGGAAGAUGUUGGCGCAUCGGCUGUUUGCAGGGAGCUCUGCACAGAUGGACUAUGACAAGGUGAGUGAGGACAUAGUGUAUGCAAACCUGUAUUACCCGCUAAUGUGUCCUGUAUACAGGUAUAUCACCACACUCAUACACACUACAUGCGUGGAGUUACAACAAUAUGCCUGUUGUGCAGUAGGAUCUACACUACAUGCAUGGAGUUACAACAAUAUGCCUGUUGUGCAGUAG